AUGGCCGAGAUUCCUAGGGACGGUAAAGAGAAGAGUGGUCGCGGUCGUGGUCGCGGUCGUGGUCACGGCCAGCCCAUGACUCGUGAGGUACAAAUCUCCAAGGCCCUGAGUCUGCUGCUGCGGCACGCGGCCGAGAAGGAAGGCCUGAAGAUGAACACACAGGGCUAUGCAAGCGUCGCAGACGUGCUCCAAUGGCGGAAGCUCAAGUCUAUCAAAGUCACCUUUGACGAGGUCCGCCACGCCGUGGAUUCUUCCGAUAAAAAGCGAUUCGCCCUCCUCCAUAUUCCCUCCGCACAAGCGACCGGAUCUACAUCUAAGGCCACCACUGUUCCCGUCACUACGCCCGAGUCCGAAGGAGUGGAAGAUGCGACUGCGCCUACAGCAGGAGCGGACCAGUCAUCCAGCUCAGUAGUGGAGGCUCCUGUCUCCGCUGAGGACCAGCAGAGUGCUACAGCACAAGCGCUCUCUGUCACAGACACCGAACCAUCUAAUUUCCUGAUCCGCGCUACACAGGGUCACAGCAUCAAGACUGUGGAGGCAGCAUCACUCCUCGAAUCUCUCUCGCUCUCCGACGAAUCUAAGCUACCAGAGACUGUUGUCCACGGUACAUUCCACGGCGCAUGGCCGGCCAUUUUACAAUCCGGUGGACUGCAGUGCAUGGGCCGCAACCACGUCCACUUCGCGACGGGUCCGUCCUUGGAGUCGGUGUUGGCGGCCCAAAAGGAGGGUAUGCAGAAGAAUGACUCCAAGAACAAGGUCAUCUCGGGAAUGCGAAAGGAUGCACAGGUUCUCAUCUACAUUGACCUGAAGAAAGCUUUGGCGGCGGGUUGUCCCUUCUGGCGCAGUGAGAACGGUGUCAUUCUCAGCGAGGGGAUGCCCGUGAGUCAAGAAGAAGGCGAAGCAGAUGAGAAGCAGCAGAAGAUUGUAUCCAUGGAUUUCUUCGACGUGGUUGCUGAGAAGAAGGUUGGCCUUGGCAAGAUCUGGGAGCAUGGCGAGGUGUUGCAAGAGUUACCCGCGAACUUGACGAGUAAGGGAACUCCCAAGGACAACCCCAAGGGCAACCCCAAGGGCAACCGACGAUAG